CGCUCGGGCUAGAAUAUCUAUGGGGCGAAACGUGAUGCGAUGAAUCUGAGAGAGACCGAAACUGGGACGCGGAACGCGGCGGAAGCGGCGAGACGCCGGGGCCGGGUCAUGGGGGCUUCGCCACAAUAGAGGCGCCCCCUCCCCCCUCAGAGCGAACUCCCCCAAAUCUCCUGGUCACAGGAUGGCGGCUGAGGCAGCGGCCCCGUCUCAGAUCGAAGCCGAACUGUAUUACCUGAUUGCCAGGUUCCUGCAGUCCGGACCAUGCAAUAAAUCUGCUCAGGUGCUAGUGGAGGAGCUGGAGGAGCAUCAGCUGAUCCCGAGGCGCCUGGAUUGGGAGGGGAGAGAGCAUCAGAGAAGCUUCGAAGAUCUGGUGACGGCCAAUGCACACAUUCCUCCAGACUACCUCCUUAAAAUCUGUGAGCGGAUUGGUCCCCUCUUGGACAGAGAGAUACCUCAGAGUGUUCGUGGGGUACAGACUUUGCUAGGCGUUGGCCGACAGUCUUUGUUGAGAGCAGCAAAGGACUGCAGGAGCGCGCCAUGGAAUGGAUCUGCUUUUGCAGCUCUCCACCGAGGCCGACCUCCAGAGCUACCGGCAGACUAUAUGAGAGCCCCGAAUGUUGUAAUGAUCACUUCUGCCAGACAGUUAACUGGAUAUGCUCGCUUCAGCCAUGUAUUCCCCUCAUCUUCUUACCAACAAAUGAAGAUGCACAAGAGAAUUCUGGGUCACUUAUCAUCUGUCUACUGUGUAGCAUUUGACCGAAGUGGGAGAAGAAUUUUCACAGGUUCAGAUGACUGUUUGGUAAAAAUUUGGGCUACUGAUGACGGGCGGCUUGUCUCUACACUACGAGGGCAUUCUGCCGAAAUUUCUGACAUGGCCGUCAACUAUGAAAACACACUUCUUGCUGCUGGCAGCUGUGAUAAAGUGAUCAGGGUAUGGUGUCUUCAAACCUGUGCACCAGUUGCUGUCUUUCAGGGGCAUUCAGCUUCUAUUACUUCCAUACAGUUUUGCCCAGCAAGGAAAGGGACAACCCGUUACCUCACUUCAACUGGUGCUGAUGGAACAAUUUGCUUCUGGCAGUGGCACGUGAACACACUGAAAUUCAAGGAUCGCCCACUGAAAUUUACUGAGAGGUCCAGACCUGGGGUUCAGAUUUCUUGUUGUUCUUUCAGUUCUGGUGGCAUGUUCAUUGUUACAGGUAGCACUGACCAUGUGAUUAGAAUAUAUUACUUGGGAUCAGAGUCCCCUGAAAAAAUUGCUGAGUUAGAGUCACAUACGGACAAAGUUGUUGCAGUUCAGUUUUGUAACAAUGGGGACAGUUUGAGAUUUGUUAGUGGAAGUAGAGAUGGAACCGCAAAAAUCUGGCAAUAUCAGCAGCAGGAAUGGAAAAAUAUGGUGCUUGACAUGACGACUAAAGCACCAGGGCACAUCCUAGCAAGUGAAGACAAAGUGACUAAGCUAAAGGUGACUAUGGUGGCUUGGGACCGAUAUGAUGCCACCAUUAUUACAGCAGUGAACAAUUUCCUCUUAAAAGUAUGGAAUUCCAGCACAGGGCAGCUUCUUCAUAAUCUAACUGGACAUGAUGACGAAGUGUUCGUUUUGGAAGCACAUCCAUUUGACCAAAGGAUCAUGCUUUCUGCGGGUCAUGAUGGGAACAUUUUUAUUUGGGACCUUGACCGAGGAACCAAAAUUCGAAAUUACUUUAACAUGAUUGAGGGCCAAGGCCAUGGUGCUGUGUUUGAUUGCAAGUUCUCACCAGAUGGGCAGCAUUUUGCCUGUACAGAUUCUCAUGGACAUUUGCUGCUGUUUGGUUUUGGAUGCAGUAGAGACUAUGAAAAGGUUCCAGAUCAGAUGUUCUUCCAUACGGAUUAUCGACCCCUCAUUCGAGACGGUAACAACUACGUACUGGAUGAACAGACUCAGCAAGCCCCUCAUUUGAUGCCACCCCCAUUUUUGGUGGAUAUGGAUGGCAACCCUCAUCCUACGGAAUUCCAAAGGCUGGUACCAGGACGGGAACAUUGUAAGGAUCAAUACCUUAUACCACAACUGGGAUACGUUGCUAAUGGUGACGACGAAGUGAUGGAACAGGUGAUUGGUCAACAAACCAUUGAUCAAGAUGAUCUUGAUGGAAUGAUCGGGGAAAUGCAGGGGGGGCAGGAUCUUAGACUGUUUGAUGAAGAAGGAAGUUCAUUUAUUCAUAUUAAUAGACCAUAUUCUCUUAGUGGAGCUCUGAGAAGCCCAAAUGUAGACUUUGCCUCUUCCUCAGAUAUUGGAUUCCAGCCCGGUGAAAUACAUAGUUCUUCUCGAAGUCCCAUGGCCACUCAGAGGGAUUUCAUGUCGUGGAGCCGAAGAGUAGUGGUCAGUGAAUUAAAUCCUGUUGUUAGUCGGGUACAGGAAGAGUACAGAGCUGCUAAAGGUGAAAGAGAAAUUACUCUUUAUACUUUUGAAAAGAAAAGAAAGCCAUCUCAUACCAUCCAGAGAGAUGAUUUUCAACCUGGUAGUGGACGAUCUUUACGGAGAAUACAGCGCAAGCGCCAACAUGCUUACCGAACACGUUCUACCAUAGAGCAUGAUCCACAAGUACCAAGUCAAAGUGCAGUUGCCCGGGAAGAAUCAGAAAGCUCCUCAGAGGAAGAGGAAACCGGAGGCACUAGCGAUGCAUCUGCCGAUGAUGUUGUAGCCGAGUGGCAAAUGGAAAGCUCCUCCAGUGAUUCAUCAAGUGAUUAUUCUGAUUGGACAGCAGAUGCUGGGAUUAAUCUGCAACCUCCAAAGAGACAAACCAGACAGACAACACGGAAAAUUUGUAUCAGUUCUGAGGAAGAAAAUUUGAAGGAUACUAAAUCACUGGAAGAAAAGAAAAGUAAACCAAAACAGACAAGAAAAAAGAAACCUAGCGGACUGCCUGCUGUAACAGGUGAACCCAGUGAAGAGUGGCUUGCACCCCAGUGGAUCUUGGAUACCAUCCCACGCCGUUCCCCAUUAGUUCCACAGAUGGGAGAUGAGCUGAUAUAUUUUAGGCAAGGCCAUGAAGCUUAUGUGCGGGCUGUAAGAAAAGCAAAAAUAUACAGUGUUAAUUUGCAGAAACAGCCAUGGAACAAAAUGGACCUCAGGGAACAAGAAUUUGUGAAGACUGUGGGAAUCAAAUACGAAAUUGGACCACCUACACUUUGCUGCUUGAAGCUCGCAUUUCUGGAUCCCAUCUCAGGCAAAAUGACUGGAGAAUCUUUUUCCAUUAAGUACCAUGAUAUGCCAGAUGUUAUUGAUUUCCUUGUUCUCCAUCAGUUUUAUAAUGAAGCCAAAGAAAGGAACUGGCAGACUGGUGACAGAUUUCGCAGUAUAAUAGAUGAUGCAUGGUGGUUUGGAACUGUGGAGAGUCAACAGCCUUUCCAACCAGAGUAUCCCGACAGUUCCUUCCAGUGUUACAGUGUUCAUUGGGACAAUAACGAGAGAGAAAAGAUGAGCCCCUGGGACAUGGAACCAAUUCCAGAAGGAACUGCCUUGCCAGAAGAAGUCGGUGCUGGUGUCCCUGUAUCUCAGGAAGAACUGACUGCUCUCCUCUACAGGCCUCAAGAAGGAGAAUGGGGGGCUCAUUCUCGAGAUGAGGAGUGUGAACGCAUCAUUCAGGGCAUCGACCAUCUUCUUACCCUGGAUUUUGCUAGCCCUUUUGCUGUUCCCGUGGACCUUAGUGCCUACCCCUUGUAUUGCACUGUAGUUGCUUAUCCAACCGACCUCAACACAAUUAAGCGGAGACUUGAAAACCGAUUUUAUAGAAGAAUAUCAGCAUUGAUGUGGGAGGUACGAUACAUUGAACAUAAUGCCAGGACUUUCAAUGAGCCCGACAGUCCUAUAGUUAAAGCAGCCAAAGUUGUAACUGAUGUUUUACUUCGCUUUAUUGGGGAUCAGAGCUGUACUGAUAUUCUGUCUACGUAUAAUAAAGUUAAGGCAGAAGAUUUAAUAAGUACUGAGGAAGAUGGGGACCAGGAUGUUAGCAAUGAGGUGGUGGAAGUGCCAGAUUUAGAUUCCGAUGGUCCUGGAACAUCCUCUGGAAUAACAGUAAGAUGCCCACCCAAAACUUCCAUCCAAGCAACUCCUGUUGAAUGGGUAAAACAAUGUAAAGAACUUUUGAGCCUAAUUUAUGAACGGGAAGACUCCGAGCCUUUUCGACAACCAGUCGAUCAGUUGUCUUACCCGGAUUAUCAAGAUAUUAUAGACACUCCUAUGGACUUCAGCACUGUGAAAGAAACUUUGGAAGCAGGAAACUAUGCCAGUCCUUUGGAAUUUUAUAAGGAUGUUCGCCUAAUAUUCACCAACUCAAAAGCUUAUACUCCUAAUAAAAAGUCAAGGAUCUACAGCAUGACUCUUCGCUUAUCUGCCUUAUUUGAAAAUCAUAUUAAAAAUAUAACCUCUGAUUAUAAAUCUACCAUCCAGUGUCAGAAGAGGAAACGCCCCCCGUACAGAAAACGUCUCCGGAGCAGCAGUAGUUCACCAAAUAGUAGCAGAGCAUCAAGUCCAAAAGGAAAACAGAAACAAACGAAGACAGAGUCUCCAAGUGACCCAAAUACCUCACUGCCUUUGACCUGGACGAGCUCUUCUGUCUCAUCUCAUGUUUCAGACCCCGGUGAUGAUCCUGUUGGAUAUGUAGUUGAUGAAGCCAUUGAGGGACAAAGUUCAUCAUCAUAUUCAAAUGUACAAAGCCAAAAUGGAAAUGAUACCUAUCCAAGGAAAAGCACAUCGUCCCGGGGUAAAGUUACACCAGUUGAAAGAGAUCAGUCCAUUGACGAGCUUCUUACAAAUGGUAAUGGAAAAGAGCACCGGAAAGGAGUGAAGAGAAAAUUACUUACUGCAUCAGAAGAUGAUGAAAGCCUGGAUGAAGAAGACGGAGAGAAAAAAGGUACAAAAGAGAAAACAUGUUUAUCUUCAUCAGAGAGUGGGGAGUCUAGUUCAAGUUCCGAAAGUUCAUGUUGCUCUGAUACAGACUCUGAUUCAAGUUGUAGAACAGACCAUGAUUAUGUAGAAGGAGACCACGACUACAGCAAAGUCAUUCAUACUAGACCUAAAAGAAGGAUCAGAAAGGAUCUCGCCAGUGGAAAAAGACCUUGGAAGACUAGAGGAGCUGGAGGAAGGGGUAGAUGGGGCCGAUGGGGCCGAUGGAGCAGAGGAGGAAGAGGAAGAGGAGGCAGAGGUCGUGGAAGUAGAGGAAGAGGCAAUGGAGCAAGGGGGAGAGGAAGAGGAAGAGGAGGGAGAGGAGCCUCCAGAGGAAGCUCCAGCGUCAAACGCGCACGCGUUGCAGAAGAUGAAUUCGACAACAUGUUUGCAGGUCGAUUUAGUAGACUGCCCCGAAUUAAAACAAGAAACCAAGGUCGGAGAACCGUUUUGUAUAAUGACGAUUCUGACAAUGACAGCUUUGUUCCCACUGAAGAUCCGUUGAAUCUCGGUACGUCCAGAUCAGGCAGAGUACGUAAAAUGACAGAGAAGGCCCGGGUUAGUCAUCUCAUGGGAUGGAAUUAUUAACAAAUGAACAUUUUAGAAGAGUUUUUAAAAAUCGGAUCCCAAUGGCCUUCUUCUACAGGGAACUUACCAGGCAAAUCUACCGAGCAAAUUGUGUGGGGACUUUCUGCUUCCUUCCAGUGGUGCUUUUUCAUUAUGCCAGUAUAUGUUUGUUUUGAGACUCGAGUUCUCCACACUUCAAUUUUCCCUGCAAGCCUUACUCAGUAGGCCUUAAAUUAAAGAAAUUCUGUUCCCCCCCCCACACUACAUAUUUACUAUGUUAAAGGAGCUUCCGGCUUCUCUACAGUAGCAUGACAUUUUUAUCACAAAAAGGAAAUCGCCCUUUUUUUUGAUUUUGUAUUAUAGAAAUUACAGCACCUUCUUACAGAGUUUUUAUAUAGUUUUUU